AUGGCUCAGACGCCAGGGAAGGAAGGGGGUGAAAUGACGGCUGUAUCCUCAGAAGAUUAUGGAAUGGCAGGGGGUGAUGAAGCAUUCCUCUAUUCAAACAUUGUUGACCACCGACGCAUCACUUUACUUGUACAAUACACAUUAGAAACGUAUAAUACAAACAACAAGGUGUGCAACAAAGUCAGGAGGGGCAAUAGUGGGAAGUUGGUGAUCCUGGUGGAGAAGGUGUUGCGUGGAGAACAUGUUUGUGAUGGGUUCCGAGAUGGUUUGAGAUUUGAGAGAGAAGAUUUCGUGGUGAGCGAGGUUAGUGGACACGUGGUCUUCAUUGACGGCUAUUACCUCUGCAACGGGCUGGGUGUGUGUGUUUGGUUUAACAAAAACGUGCAAGACAGACAUAAACGUGUGUACGAAUGUGUGACACCGUGGAGAUUGCAGUUUGCACCCGCUACGCAUGCUUUUAUUAUGAUUGUGACGGAUGAGUGUUGUGUUCCACCAAAAACUAACUCCAGUAAAAGACAAGGAGGUGAAAAAGCAAUCAUGGAGUGCAAAAAGCAAAAGUCUAGAAUUUUAAGAAUAGCACAACACAGUACAGAGACUACAAUUCAAAUCAAGUAA